GCGGACGGGCUGGUCACAUUGGAGAGCGCAUCAUCGGGCGCAUCAGCGGAAAGGGAAGUCGGAGGGCGUGCACACCCACUGCUCGGGCGGGCCCCUAAGCGACCAGGCAAGCGAGCAAGCAAGCAAGCCAGCAAGCAAGCGAAAGCCUUGAGCUUUUUUGGACAGCCGAUCUGGAUCCGGGGCUGGCCUCCCCGUCCAGCUUGCUUGGCGAGGCCCGCUCGCCUUUUGCUCCAUGCAAUGCACCGCCUCUCUUAGCGCGAUGCAGCGGGCCGGAGGAGGAGCGGCGGCGGCGGCGGAGCCCGGAGGCGGCGGAGGCGGCGAAGCGGUUGCAGCGGCGGCGGCCUCGUACCGGGUGCUGAGCCGCUUGCUGGGCUACGGCGGGGCCGAGUCAGCCGCAGCCGGGUUGGCGCUCGGCGGAGCCGUCGGGGAAAGCUCCGCUGCCGUCGCCGGGGAUCGUGGAAGGGCGGGCGGGCUCCGAGGCUCGCAGCUCCUGGUCUUCCGCCCCGGCGAAGCGGGAGAGCCGUCGGGGGUUUCCCCGUCCGCCUGCCUGCCCACGCCUUCGACGCCUCGACCGCCCUCGGAGCUGCUGUGCGCCAGGCACCGGUGCGCUCUCCUGGACGCGCCGAAAGGCGAGCCUGGAGGAGGACGAUGCUGGAGUGGAGCGGCUGGCGGCCUCCUCUUCCCUCCGGGGGCCGGCCUGGAGUUGCAGCUGGCCGCCUUGGGGCUACACCAGGCUCCCCCGACGGCCCCGGGAGGGCCGGGCAAGCCUCCCGGAGAUUGCCCGUGCCUGAGCCUCUUGCCUUCGCCGCCUCUAGCCCCUCCGCCCACGAUGCCCUUGUUGCCCCCGGGGGAAGAGACCAGCGACGCCUUGCUCGUGUUAGAAGCUCUCGGCCCCGACGAGGAGGACGAAGAGGAGGUGGAAGCGGCUGUCGGGCAGGCAGAUUCCUCCAGCCCGGUCGUCGCGGCGAAUAGCCGCUUUCAAGCACCCGCUGUUGCAACCACCGCUACCCCGGUUUCUCCUCCACCACCACCUCCGGCAGGCCCGGUGCCCGCCGCCGGAGCCAACCGUCCAAGCUGCUCCUCCGCCCCCUCGAGGAAAGGCUCCUUGAAGAUUCGCCUAAGCCGCCUUUUCCGCACCAAAAGCUGCAGCGGAGCGUCGUGCAACCCAACAACCCCCGCUGGUGCACGUCGGGCCGGGGAGAGGGAGAUGCUGCAAGCCGCUGCCUCCCGAGCCACCUCCGGCACGGCAGGGAGCCUUCCCGAUGUGUCCCACCCUGGGUGUCGGGAGCAAGAGUCGGGCAGAAAACAGAGAUUGAUGCGAACGCAAAGUGCCUUUUCUCCAGUUGCUUUCGGCCCCCUCUUCACGGGUGAGACAGUGUCCUUGGUUGAUGUCGACAUCUCCCAGCGCGGUCUGACGUCCCCACACCCUCCGACGCCGCCACCUCCCCCACGGCGAAGCCUCAGCCUUUUGGACGAUAUCAGUGGGACACUGCCUACAUCUGUCUUAGUGGGUCCGAUGGGGUCUUCGUCCCUCCAGUCUUUUCCUCUGCCUCCGCCGCCUCCGCCGCACGCCCCGGAUGCGUUUCCCCGGAUCAUACCGAUCAGAGCACCAGAAGCGGUACACAGCCAACCUGCACAGCACCUCCAGUGCCCUCUCUACCGGCCUGACUCGAGCAGUUUUGCAGCUAGUUUGCGGGAACUAGAAAAAUGCGGUUGGUACUGGGGACCAAUGAACUGGGAAGAUGCUGAAAUGAAGUUGAAAGGGAAACCUGACGGGUCCUUCUUGGUUCGUGACAGCUCCGAUCCUCGGUACAUCCUGAGCCUCAGCUUUCGAUCACAGGGUAUAACCCACCACACCAGAAUGGAGCAUUACAGAGGGACCUUCAGCCUUUGGUGCCACCCCAAAUUUGAAGACCGCUGCCAGUCCGUGGUGGAGUUCAUCAAACGUGCCAUCAUGCACUCCAAAAAUGGGAAGUUCCUUUAUUUCUUGCGAUCUAGGGUUCCAGGUCUCCCUCCAACCCCUGUCCAGCUCCUCUAUCCCGUCUCUAGGUUCAGCAACGUUAAAUCGCUACAGCACCUUUGCCGCUUCCGGAUAAGGCAGCUGGUCCGCAUCGAUCACAUUCCAGAACUACCGCUCCCCAAGCCUCUGAUCUCGUAUAUCCGCAAGUUCUACUACUACGACCCCCAGGAGGAGGUGUAUCUCUCCCUGAAGGAAGCUCAGCUUGUUUCCAAACAGAAGCAAGAGACAGAGUCUUCAACGUAGCGAGGGGCCCCCCCUCCCGCCUUGCUGCUGUCACCAAUGGAAUUCGGUCACCAGUAUCCUGUCGCUGUGGAAGCUGCGUUGGAGAGGACUCUUGGCGUUUGCUUUCUGGCUGUUUCUUGGCCUCCAGAGAGGACCCAGGGCUUGAAAAGAAAGCACAGCUGUGUGCAGAGAAACAGGAGCCAUGACCCCAUCUGGUUCCAUAAUGAAAUUUUGGAAUCUGCCGAAAACUGGACUACAAGCUCCUGGAAACAUGGAGAAUGUCAUGAUAUUUUUCUUCUUAAAUUUAUAUUUUUUUGGUGCUUCCCUCCCCCUCCCUCCCCUUUCUUCCAGCAUGGGAAAUAGUGAGCCGAUUUUU